AUGUACUUUGAUAGGGCUGUAAACACAAAAGGUGCAGGCUUAGGAGUAGUUAUGAUCAUGACAGAAGGAGAGGUGCUGCCAAUAGCCAAGAGGUUGGUCUUUAAAGUGGUCAAUAAUAUGGUAGAGUAUAAAGUAUGUUUAUUUGGACUAGAAGUGGUCAUGGUAGCAGGAGCUAAGCACUUGAUGGUCUAUGGGGACUCCAUGCUAGUAAUCCAACAAGCUCUCGAGGAAUGGAAAAUGAAAGAAGAGAGGCUGAAGUUGUAUAUCAACUAUCUCAAGACUUCACUUCCAAUAAAACCUUUAGUGAUUCUGAAUUCGGUUGCGCCUUAUUAUCAAAAGGAUCGGAUAAUGCAAGUUCAUAUGGGACUGGAAGAGAAGCCAUGGUUCUACAAUCUGAAGAGGUUCAUAGAAAGCAGGGAAUAUCUAGAAGAAGCAACUGCCAGGGAAAGAUGCUCAUUAUGGGUUCAUGCUAGGAAUUACAUUAGCCAUGAGGGAGUCCUGUAUAAAGGGAUUGGGUGUAUAGCUUUGAUGUAUGACUGA